AUGCCGAGACUUUUCCUAGAAUGGUCCGGUGAAACGUCAAAUGGUCUCGAGCUGGAUGUAUAUGAAAGACAUAUCCAGCUACGUAAUGAGGGUACCGAAGAGCAUGAUGAGGCCAAUCGCGGGCCAAACCUCCCGCCAGGCUGCUAUCAAAUUCAACGGCGGCGGCCACAUCAACCACUCCCUCCUCUAGAAGAACCUAGCCGCCUCCUCCUCCCCCAAUGCAGAUCCAAGCAGCUCUCAGCUCCUCGUUGCCGAGAUCAACAAGGCAUUCAAGAGCUAGAUGAUGAGAUCAUCGAAGGAUCAGUACAUGCGCGAGAAAGCGUUGAUGAACCAGAUGGUUACAGCUCUCCAGCGUCCUUAAAUGAAAACGAAUGCUACGUCAGUGGCGGCGCAGCAGGCUUCCCCGAGUCAGAAGACAUUUCCCCCAGAACGUCCGUCGAUGGACCGGAUGGGGGCUUUUGGGAACCCCAACAGCGGCCACAAGGCCAAGUAAGGGGCGGAGAAAGGGGGAAGCCAGGAGAGGAUCGUAAGCAGGGGAAGAAGGAAACAGAGAAAAAGAAGGGGGGAAAUGGUAAGGAGAGGAACAAGGAUAAGAGCGAAAAGGAUAAAAAAGAAAAGGGGGUUAAGUGGAAGGAGGAUAAAAAUGGUAAAAGGGGAAAGAAGCUGAAUAAGAAGGAAAAGCUGAAUAAGAAGGAGGAGGAGCUAAAGAAAAAGGAGGAGAAGCUGAAGAGGAAGGAGGAAAAGCUAAAGAAAAAAGAGGAAAAGCUAAAGAAGCAGAAUAAAGAAAAAGAGGAAAGUAAGAGGAAGAAGGAGAGGGAUAAGGGGAAGGGGAAGAAAGGGGAGAAGGAAGGCAAGGGGAUUAACAAGGUAACGGAUGAAAAGGACAGGAAGCAGGGUAAGAACAGGAAGAAGCGCACCAGAAAGGUAUCCCCCUGGCCAUCCGUUUUUUGUUGUUUCGGAUGA